AAAAGAAAAUAAAGCUUCUUGCCCGAUAUCAGACAUUUUAUCGCCUUUUGAGAGCGCGUUAGCUUGAACCAAAUGCUAAAGCAGGAAACAUGUACGGACACAUAAGAAACUAAAUUAUUUGCCCCGACGCAAGGUUUGUCGGUGAUUCCGCUAAGCGUUGGUGUUUUGCCGGUGGUGAUUUUUUCCCCUCAGGUUUAAUUAAACCGUUCAGCAUGUCCACUAAGGAGCUACUAACCGAGAUCGCGCGCCUAACCUGUGAACUAGGCGAGACCUCGCGCGAGAAGAUCCAGGCAGCGGAGUACGGACUCGCCGUGCUGGAGGAGAAACAGGCGCUCAAACAGCAGUACGACGAACUGGAGAGCGAAUAUGACAGCGUCCGACAAGAACUGGACCAGCUCAGGGAGGCAUUUGGACAGGCUCAUUCUAACCAGAGGAAGGUGGCAGCAGAUGGUGAAAGCCGGGAGGAAUCUCUGCUCCAGGAGUCGGCAUGUAAGGAAGCUUACUAUGAACAACGUGUACAGGAGCUGCAGACUGAGCUGAGGCAGGCACGCAAUGCCCUCACCAACACACUGUCAGAGAAUGAGCGCAUGGCCACCAUCACGCAGGAGCUCAGGGAGAACAGUCAGACAGUGGAACUGCAGAGGUCCCGUCUUCGCGAUGAAAUAAAGGAGUACAAGUUCCGUGAGGCUCGUCUGCUGCAGGACUACAGUGAGCUUGAGGAGGAAAACAUCACGCUGCAGAAACACGUCUCUGUGCUCAAGCAGAGCCAGGUGGAGUUUGAGGGCCUGAAGCAUGAGAUUCGUCGCCUAGAGGAGGACAUGCAGUUCCUGAACGGUCAAUUGGAGGAUGCCAUCCGUCUGAAGGAAAUAGCGGAGAGGCAGCUAGGGGAAGCUUUGGAGACCAUCAAGACUGAGAGAGAGCAAAAGGCUGCACUGAGGAAGGAACUAUCUAACUAUAUGAGCAUCGGAGACAACAUGUACCACAAUCCUUUGAGCAUAUCUCUGGAUGGGCUGAAGUUCAGCGAAGACUCAAUGAUCGAGCCCAACAACGAUGUUGGCUAUGAGAAUGGCUUUGAUAAGAUCCCCAACGCUGACGACAACCGCAUCUCCACACCUAAAAAGAAUGCACUGUUUCAUCCAGCUCCCAGCCUUGUGGAUGACCUGCUGAGUGAACUGAACAUCUGUGAAAUCCAGAAGCUCAAACAACAGCUUGUACAGGUGGAGCGGGAGAAGGUGACAUUGCUGUCAACUCUGCAGGACUCACAAAAGCAGCUGGAGCAGGCGAACGGGGCUCUGUCUGAGGAGCAUGAAAAGGUGAGCCGCCUCACUGAAAACCUGAAUGCCAUGCGCAAGCUUCAAGCCAGCAAGGAGCGGCAGUCUGCUUUGGAUAACGAGAAGGAGCGCGACAGCAACGAGGACAGCGACUACUAUGAGGUGGACAUCAACGGGCCUGAAAUUCUCGAAUGCAAGUACAAGGUUGCUGUUUCUGAAGCGGGUCACCUGAAGGAAGAACUGAAGACGCUGAAGACUGAAUAUUCUGCCUGCCGGUCACAGCUUGAAGAGGACCGAACCCGAUUAGAGACCCAAGUAGCAUCGCUGCACUCUGAGCUGAGCACCCUCGAGUGCAGUAGUCGUGCAGAGCGAGAACAGGUGGCACGAUUGGAGAAAGAGUUACGCAAGGCAAGCGAGGCAGCUGGUGAAAGCCAGGGCAGCUUAAGCGUGGCACAAGAUGAGCUGGCUACAUUCAGCGAGGAGCUUGCCAACCUGUACCACCAUGUUUGCAUGUGCAACAACGAGACGCCCAGUCGUGUCAUGCUCGACUUUUACCGUGAAGGGAAAGCUAAUACUGGUACCAACGGCAACAAUCGAGGCAGCCCUGAGGGACGUGGACGUCGUUCACCCAUUCUACUGACACGUGGUCUUUUCCCCAACUCUGAGGCUGAGUCCCCAUCCCCUGUCUCCUCCCCAGUUGCUGACCCACGCAAGGAACCUAUGAACAUCUACAACCUAGUGGCUAUCAUCCGUGACCAAAUAAGACACCUGCAGCUGGCCGUGGACCGCACCACAGAGCUGUCACGUCAGCGUCUGGCCUCUGCUGAGCUGGGCUCUGCUAUUGAUCGGGACCAUGAGGCCAGUGUGGACGAAAUCCUCAAGCUCAAGUCACUUCUCAGCACCAAAAGGGAACAGAUUGCCACCUUGAGAACCGUCCUAAAGGCCAACAAACAGACUGCUGAAGUAGCACUGGCCAACCUAAAGAGCAAGUAUGAGAAUGAGAAGGCCAUGGUGACAGAGACCAUGAUAAAGCUGCGCAAUGAGCUGAAAGCCCUGAAGGAGGAUGCUGCCACCUUUUCUUCCCUCAGAGCCAUGUUUGCAACCCGCUGUGACGAGUAUGUCAUUCAGUUGGAGGAGAUGCAGAGACAGUUGGCAGCAGCAGAGGAUGAAAAGAAGACCCUGAACUCACUUCUGCGUAUGGCAAUCCAACAGAAGCUGGCACUCACACAGCGCCUCGAGGAUCUUGAGUUCGACCAUGAGCAGACUCGCCGGGGUGGAGCCAACAGUCGCACAAAGUCCAGCUCCUCCCGAGGCAAGACUGCCCACAACCCUGCACAAUCGCACUUAAAUUCAGCCCCUAAGAGGGAACGUUGUGGUUCCAUCACCGCCUACAGAUUCACUCUGGUUUUAGCCCAGUGGAAAUCCACAGGAAGACUUUUUGUUAGGAGAGGUCAAUAACAGAGAUGAAAACUGUAUUGAAAAAAAUGAACCCGUUGCCAAUUGUGUUUAAUAAAAAGUCUGACUGGCAUAAUAAGUCACCCAAAUGUCACCCUAAAGUCAUUAGUCACACUGUCAAGGAGCAGUUAUGACUUUUUUUUUUUUUUAAUAA